UCAAACGAGGGAUUUGGCAAGUCGCGUAGGAAAUGUUUAUUAAAUUAUUUAAAAGAAAUCUCUGUUCGUAAAAUAUCAUUAAUGCGGUUAUUAAAUUUGUAGAAAAGGUCCGUGCAAGUGAUUCAGUGUCAAAGUGAACUUAGUGCAACUAAAUGCAGUUCUUCACUAGUGUUUAAUAAUAGUUUUUUUUUUUAUUUCCAAUUCAAUUUCACAUUUGCUUUGUAUUAUGAUCGAUUGAAUUUGAAGUGGCAAAUAUCAUUAUGGGGCAAAGUCCGAGUUCAGUGCGAAGUAAGUCUAGUAGAAGAUCUUUCCGCGGUUUUGUCAGGCGGACGAAAUUAAAUAAAUCCAGUUUGAGUCAUACAUUCAACCUGCCGCCGUCGGAAGAGUACCCAGAGCUGAUGAAUGUGAACACAGCGACCGAGGAGCAGCUGAUGACUCUGCCCGGUGUCACCAGGCAGCUGGCGCGGGAGAUCGUCCGCCAUCGGCAGAUGAUUGGCAGAUUUAAGCGAGUUGACGACCUUGCGUUAGUCUCAGGUAUUGGGGCAGAGAAGCUUGAGUUACUAAGGCCAGAGAUAUGUACAAAUACGAGAAGACAGAUAUCUCGCGCUAGUUCAUGCACACAUUCUUUAGACAGUGUGAGAUUUACGGGUGAAAAUAAAUUAUGCUCCAUCAACAGUUCAAGUGUUUUCCAACUUCAAUGUGUACCUGGUCUUAACCAGGAAAUAGCUGCAAAUAUAGUGGACUACCGAAACAAAAAGGGCCCUUUUAAAUCCCUCGAUGACUUGAUUAAAGUAAGAGGAAUGGAUAUAGUAAGAUUAAGUACAGUGAAACAUCACUUGAGCUUAGAACCAAGGAAAUGUGAGAGUGUUCAGCUAUUAGCCAAUGGUCAUACAUUUGGGUGGACUGAAGACUCAAUAAAUGAGCCAAGCUUGAACGGUGUACCAGAAGUUAGGACACCUCAUAGAAAAAGUUUGUCAAUGCCAAACAAACUGCCAAUAACAUUGCCAAAUGGAUUUGCUACAGCUCCAGUAAAUGAUAUAUUAGAUUUAUUGGCUGCAUAUUCUCACCGGCCAGUUGUUGAGGAACUAUUUACAUAUGAAAGAGAUGGUGUAAGAUGUUGCCGCAUAGCAUCAUGGAACCUGCACCAGCUUAGUAUAGAAAAGAUAACAAAUCCUGGCGUUAGAGAGGUGGUUUGCAGGACUAUUUUGGAAAACAAGUUAUCAAUAAUAGCCAUACAAGAUGUGUUGGAGCCGGCCGCAUUGAAGGUGAUAUGCGAGGAGCUGAACAGUCCUGCGUUGAGGCGGGUGCGUGAGUGGCGUUGCAACAGUCAUAAAUGGGACUACUGCGCCAACGACAGAACUGAUGGGCCAUCCCUAGGCUUCAUCUACGAGGCGUCGCACAAGGGCGUGACUGUGGAGGACGUGGGCGUAGAUCAGCUGCACCUGUUGUCAGAGGCAGCGGACGCUAAACGACUUAGCGAAGCUCUGACAGCCCUUCGAACUGACGACUGUCUUGCUUCGCCACAAGUAUUCCUAAUAUGCGGUCGUCCAGUGAUCAUGGUGAACGUGCAGUGCCAGGAGCCGCUGGUGGAGGAGCAAUGCGCUCGGUUGGAUGGGGUGGCGGUGCUCGCGCUCGCCUGCAAGCUGCCGCUAUUCUUCGCAGGAGAUUUCCAUCGAUGGGAUAAUAUACAUUUGUUAAAGAACUGCGAGUCGGUGUUGGAUGAAUCGGUGCCGACUAAAGUAGACGUAAACAGCGGUGGCCAGAGCGCCAUCCUGUCCGCGGGCGAGGUGGCCACCAGCAGCUGCAACGGGCGCGCGGCGGCCAUCCGCUCCGGCCUCAGCCAUCUGGCCAUCCCGCGCGGCUGGUCGUGGGGCGGCCCCGCCUCCCCACACUGCCCACUCUGGGCUGAAAUAAACAUCCCAGAUUGACCACCACUCAUAUAUAUACAAGCCAAGACUUUACCCCCAAAGUAUAUCGUUGUAUUUUCAUUAUUUAUGUUGAUCCUUUUGAUGCACACGUUUCCUUAUUGAGGUUACGCGGAUUUGUCAACUUGCCCGCCAUUUUGUGUGCAUUUAGUUUUAAGCAUAACUUUCCUGUAUUAAUUUAUUUAUUAGAAAUUAUUUUCACAUAUAAAUUAUAGUGCAGUGGUAGUCAACUGUUUAUCUUUGCCCACUUGUGGACGAUUCAUCUUUCGCGGUGGGCAGUAGAGUUAUAGGGCGAGAUGGGGCGACCGCCCAGGGCGCCCUGCAUAAUGGGGCGCCUGCAGUGCCGCCUAAGAUAUCUUAUGUUUGGAAGAUUUUCUCCGAUAUAAAAAAAAGGCGCCGCAAAAAUCUGGUAGGCGAGGCGCCUGGACGUGAGCGCUAAGUAAAAAAAGGUUGACCACUUCUGUAUUUAAUGUAUAAUAAUUAAAAUGUUACCUAUUUAUUAGUUAGAAAAUUGUAAUAUAUUUAAAUGUUAUGUAAUU